AUGGCGUCGCCGUUCCGACCCGCGUUGCCUGCAGAAGACCUCCCGGCAUACUACCAGGAACUAGACGACGAUAACAUCCGAUACUGCUUCCGAGACUUUGAUGUCGAACGAAACUUUGAUUUGUUCGACCGGCAGACGCGAGACCCCCGAAGCAACAACUUCUGUGUCGACUUUGGCGAAGACAAUGCCUUUUGCGCCUUUGACCUCGACGCGCAUGCGUAUGAGAAGCUGCUCAGUGCACCGCGGCCAGCAGAGCUACACACACGCUGGAUCCACAUCUGGAUGCCGUACAACCAGAAGGACUUGAUUCGCACGCUGGCUACCCACUUUGACUUUACACCGCGACUCAUGGGGCUAAUGAAGAGCGAUCAUGUGAAUCCGAACUCGUCACGUACUGGAUCGUCGCUGCGAGCAAAAAAGAGCUCGUCAACGCUAAAGUCACUGAUAUCGCACAAAUCCCAAAGGUCGGAGAGGGCCAAGCAGGCCAAUGAAGAGCCCAUGGACAUAGAGUCGAGUAUAGGCCUGACGAGCAUGAUGCAGUCGACCCAGCUGGAGAUGGUGCGGGACAUGAGCCACUACCAGCUUGUGAACGACGUGUGGCACUGGAGCACGGUGGACAAGGGUCGAAGAUACAUGUGCAUCGGCUUCAACGCCCUCCACAACAUCCGCACCAAGCCGCACCAAGACCACAAAGACACUGACGGCACCGACCGAGGCCAAGAUGUGCCCCAAGGCAAGCGCGUGUGGAACUGGCUUGCACUAUGUGAAAACAAAACCGUCAUCUCCAUCUCCGAAGACCCAUUCCCUUUCUCCAACGGCGUGCUCAGCACCCAGGACCUACGCGUCCUCUUCACCACCCGCCGCAACCUCGUCAAUGUCUUCCGCCAGCUGACAAAAGCCCCGACACCGCACACAGACGCAGCACUCAUCCAGCUCCCGCUGCGACACCGCGUGGGCCGCAGCGAAGAGGAAACGGCGCACCGCCCCACCGACUCACCAGGCCUCCUCUUCUACUACCUCUUCGAAGACUGGGGCGCCACCUUUGACAUAAUAUCUCAGCGCGAGCACGGCUACGAGCUCAUCAUCGAGCGCGUGCUUAGAAAGCAGGAAGCCACACUGGCGUCGCUCAAGAACUCGCAUAUCCUGUCUGGCGCCGCCUCGCUCGCCUCGUCGGCCCACCAGCAAAUGAUGCACGACACCAUGGCGCUGGCCGGCCCGCUCGUGCCCGAGACAGACAGCCUGCUGGGCGUCCCGCUUAGUUCGGCCGCGCGCGUGCGCUUCGAGCGCCUCAAAGACCGCAUUGUGCUGUAUGCACUCAGCGAGAUCCAAGAGUGCCUGGACCAAAAAGACUCGCUCGUCAUGAUGAACUUUAAUCUCAUUGCCCUGAAAGAAUCCUACAGCGUCGAGCGCCUCACGUGGGUCACGCUGCUGCUCGCCAAAAUCACCAUUUUGUUUACCCCCGUCACGCUCAUGACGGGCUACUUCAGCAUCCAGUUCAAGGAUAUCGUGUUUGAAAUGGGGAGUUAUUGGCGGAGCUUUGGCUAUAUUUUCGCGGCGAGUUUGGCGCUGCUGGUGGCGUUUAGCUGGAUGAGCGGCACGUUUGAGGGUAAGAUUAUUACGAGUAGUUGGACGAGGUCGGCGUUUGACGGGAGUAGGAGGUGGUUGGCGCAUAGGAGGCGCAAGAGAGAUUGA